CUAAUGAGAAAUCGGUACAUCCGCAUACUUUCGUUUUUAUACUAUAAACGAUUUACAGAUAGGUGAAGUGUCCGUACCUUGGCGAUCUUUUGAGAUGGUGUUUACCCUGUAACUCAAGAUUUACACUUCAUAGUGUUAACUAUCCACCUAAAAUUACUGUUUUAUUGUGUUUUCUGGUUUGGGUGUGAAAAGGUCGUAUCUGCUUGUACCUUCCAAAGCCUCACGCAUCAAAAGAUAAUCUGUCAAAAUGGCCAAAGAAAGGUUGGAGCUGUUUAAGCAAAACCAUCCGCAAGAACUCGUCAAACUGAGCAAAAAUGAUAUCGGCGUCAUUGUUGGUUAUUUUUGCUUGGUUGUUCUCAUUGGAAUCUUUGCUAUGUGGAGGGCUAAUAGGGGUACGGUCAGUGGAUAUUUCUUGGCAGGAAGAGCAAUGUAUUUUAUUCCGGUUGGCCUUUCACUGUUUGUCAGUAACAUAGGAACAGAGCAUUUCAUUGGCUUGUCAGGAUCUGGAGCAGCCAAUGGCAUAAGUGUUGGAGCAUGGGAAUUUAACGCUAUUCUGUUACUACAGUUGUUGGGAUUCGUAUUUAUACCAGUCUAUAUAGCAUGUGGAACAGUGACUAUGCCAGAAUAUUUGUCCAAACGAUUUGGAGGAGUCAGACUUCGAGUGUAUUUUGCAGUGUUAUCUCUUAUCCUAUAUAUCUUUACAAAAUGUUCUGGCGAUUUAUUUACCGGUGCCUUGUUCAUUCAGCAGUCUCUCGGCUGGGAUUUGUAUCUGAGCAUUUUCAUUCUCAUUGUUAUAACUGGUAUUAUAACAAUCGCAGGUGGUUUGACGGCUGUCAUUUAUACCGAUACUAUGCAGGCAAUCCUCAUGGUUGGAGGAGGCUUGACCCUUAUGGGAAUAUCGUUUAAUAAAAUUGGAGGCUAUGACGGCUUGGUGAGAAGAUAUAAUUCAGAAGAAGCAAGUACAAAUGUUUCAUACAGACUUCCAAAUACUACCUGUCACGAGCCAGAUCCCAAUGCUUUCCGAAUGUUACGAGAAGCAGACGACGAUUACAUGCCAUGGCCAGGCUUUCUGCUAGGUCAGACUCCUGGUUCGAUAUGGUACUGGUGCGCAGACCAGGUUAUUGUCCAACGAUUACUGGCAGCCAAAAGUGUUUCCCAUGCGCAAGGUGCCACACUUCUAGCCGGAUUUAUUAAAAUACUUCCAUUGUUUAUGAUGGUGAUGCCUGGAAUGAUCAGUCGUAUAUUAUAUGCAGAUGAGGUUGCUUGUGUAGAUCCCGACAUUUGUUACCAUAUCUGUCAGAGUGAGGCUGGUUGUACUAAUAUAGCUUACCCAAGACUAGUACUAGGAUUGAUGCCAGAUGGAUUGAGAGGAUUAAUGAUGGCCGUCAUGGUUGCUGCUCUGAUGAGCGAUUUAGAUUCCAUCUUUAAUAGUGCAAGUACCUUGUUCACCAUUGAUAUCUAUAACAGAAUAAGGAAGAACUCUUCAGUAAGGGAAGAUAUGAUUGUUGGCAGAAUAUUUAUCUUAGUUAUGAUUGGUGUGUCAAUUGCAUGGAUCCCAGUAAUCAAAGAAAUCCAAGGUGGUCAGAUUUUCAUAUAUAUACAGGAGAUAACAGACUACCUUGCACCUCCAUUUGCUGCUGUCUUUCUUUUGGCUGUGCUUGUUCCAAGAGUGAAUGAAAAGGGAGCGUUUUGGUCAUUGAUGAUAGCACUGCUGACUGGGAUAAUUCGAAUGAUCUUAGUUUUCGUGUACCAUGACUCGGGUGGUUGUGACAAACCAGACAACAGACCAGACAUAUUAAAGAACUUCCAUUAUAUGUAUUUUUCACUGUUCAUUACACUCAUGACAGGUGCUUUGGCCAUCAUUAUAAGUUUAUUUACAGAACCACCAGCAGAUAAAUAUUUGUACAGAACCACCUUCUGGACAAGACACAGAAAUGACCCUCCACCAGACCUAGAAGACACACUUGGUGCUAAACAUUCACAAAUCAAUAUCGCAUAUACAGCCAGUGAGAAUGAUAUUCAUCUGAGUGUGAACGGGGACAGAAAUCCUCAAGUCUUUACUGUAAAUCCUGGUGAACAGAGAAAGGUGUUUAGGGAUCCUGACCUCGACAAACAAGAAAGCGCAUCAGAUGACAUUUCGUGUGGAGAGAAGGCUGUUAAUUUACUCUGUGGAUUUGGAAAGGGAAAACAGGACGAAGAGCAAGCGAAAGCAUUAGAGGCGCACGUGAAAAAGGUUCAAUCUCUACAACAAGGUUUUGUUACAAAGAUUGGACUACGAUUUGGAAUGGUUGUAAUUCUUGCUAUUGGAACAUUCCUGUACUUCUUCUGGUCGUACUGGAAAUAUGAACCUUAAAUAGGAUUUAUUAUUAUAUGCAAAAAAGAAAAAAAUGCACUUUAAAUGAUUGAUAUACAAAUUGUUUUCAUUUUUUUUAUCCUGAUAUCAGCAUACAUUUUUUUUUGUACAUAUUGAAACGUUAUAUGUUAUAAUGUUUUUAUUAAAUGACAAAAUAUGCAACUAAUGAUUUUUCUUUCAAAAUUGCAUUUACUGCUUACGCGCAGACUUUUUUUUCAUAACCGUGUUUACAAAAGGAAUGAAAUGAGAAACGUUCAACAAUCAAUCAAAUCAUUUCUUACAUGUGUAUAAAAUAAUUAAUGCGGAAAGCUUAUAUAUGGUAUGUCCAUCCUUCCGCCACACAAAGUUUCUACUCACAUUCUUUAAAACCAAUGGAUAUUGAGUAAUGCAACUUUUCGUCAUCAUUUAACACUGAUAAAAGCUUAAGGUGUGUAAUGUACUAGGAAGGAAAUCGUACAUAAUAAGUCACGGUCAAGAUCUUCGUUCAAUUUGUCACCACUACUAUAUGUACAAAAAUAGCUUCCGAUCUUUAUGUUUAAUCUCUUUGAACCAAAGUGGAAGAAUGCGCUUGUAAAAUUGUCUUCCUAGUGUAUGAAUUAUGUUGAAAAAGAAACACCUUAUCUACAUUUACGUGAUUUUGUUUUAGUUAGAAAUGUUUAAUUUUUUGUAUCAUAUUUAACUGUUUAAUUGUGUUACAUUGCAACGUAAAAACAUAUUAACUGCAAAGAAAUGCAAAAAUAUCUUUACCAAAUGCAAUAAAAAGCAACAAAACUUUAUCUAUGAUGAGUUUAUUUAGUAGAAAGACGUUUAAUUUCAGAAUACAUAAAUGGUAAUUUUUCAUUGUUUCUGAUAGACCUACAUUAAAUUCUGUAUUUCUGCCUUGAGACUUUUAAUUGGAUAAACAAAUAUCGCGGAAAUAAAUGUGAUUGAAUUUUCAUUGUGAAAUCCAAAACGAGCAAAUUUUUCAGUAACUUGUAUAGUCUGACAGUGUAUAUUACAUUUAUUGAAGAUUUCCAUAGAAUUUUUUUUUCUGAUCUGCGAGGCUUGUAACAUGAAAUAUGUAAUGCCCCUUUUUUUAUAUAAACAACAACGAAGCUUUUACUUAUAACAGUAAAUAGUUAUCAAAUGUACCAGGAUUAUAUUUUAGUACACCAGACGCGUGUUUCGUCUACAUAAGACUCAUCAGUCACGCUCAUAUCAAAAUAUUUAUGAAGCCAAACAAGUACAAAGUUGAAGAGCAUUUAGGAUCCAAAAAUACAAAACGUUGUGCCAAAUACGGCUAAGGUAAUAUAUGCCUAGGAUAAGAAAAUCCUUAGUUUUUUGUAAUAUUCAAACUUUUGUUAACAGGAAAUUUAUAAAAAUUACCACAUUAUUGAUAUUCAUGUCAACACCGAAAUGCUGACUACUGGACUGCUGAUACCCUCGGGGACGAAACGUCCACUAGCAGUGGCAUCGACCCAGUGGUGUAAAUAGUUAUCAAAGGUACCAGGAUUAUGAUUAAGUACACUAGACGCGCGUUUUGUCUACUUAAAACUCAUUAGUGAUGUUUAUAUCAAAAUAUUUAUAAAGCCAAACAAGUACAAAAUUGAAGAGCAUUGAGGAUAAAAAAAAUCCAAAAAGCUUUGCCAAAUACGACUUAGGUAAUAUAUGCCUGGAAUAAGCAAAUCAUCAGUGACGCUAAUUAAGUAAUCUACAUAAAGCAACGAAAUUUUAUGAUUUUUUAAAAUCUAAACACAUCAAAUGAUCGUGUUUUUACAAUCAUUCGUGUAUUAAUAUAAAGCAUAUUUAGUAGCUUUUAACGCAUCUUUUUACAUAAAGCAUUAUCUGAGAUUAUUAAUGAGAUUUAUAUACACUUUAGUAUAAUUCUUCGUAUGUAGCGAGAUUUUAAUUGAGUUUUUCUGGUUGUCCUUUAUUUGUAUAGGUGGGAUAUUGUCUUUUUGGUAUAUGCCCCCUUUAUAUUUUUUAUAUACAUAAUUAUGUAUGAUUUUGGUAUGUAAUAUAUUUAUAGUUGAUUUUAAUUGUUAUUAUGUGUGUAUUUAUUUACA